AUGCUCGAGGCGAGCUCGACAAGCUCCAAUCACCAUCCUUCGUCCCUGAUCAUCGUCACUUGUUGCGGUUUGACCAUGUUGUCGGCCUCCGCCACGUUGGCGGCACAUGAUGAACUCUUCACCGACGCGCAGACGGCUCGGCACUCGUAUUCGUUGUCAAGGAGCAUGAGAACCCUGGAUGCUGAUGAACUUGAACACCGCCAUUCCCUCUUCGGCGGCUGCGGUAUCAUGACAAACGACUUGCACGAAGACGCCGCCAUCCACCCAUCUAUCCACCCAUACAUGACCGUCCACCGCCUUGCCAGCAUAUUUGCCUUGGCGGCCGGCCCCCGACCGAAGACUGCCUAUACUUAUGUCGUCCCUCCCAUUCUCCUCUUCCUUCGCCGGCCGCUGGCCCUCGGCAACGGCACCGGUCCACGACUUGGGCUGUCAGCCCAGCCGAAGGCGCAUGACUGGUCGGCAUAUUCAAUUAUAGAGCUGUCGUCCCAAUCAUCCGUCCACCCCUCGUCCGAACAUACGGCCUCUCAGUCCAACUCUCUCAUUCCUACGGGCCCUCUCGCCGAUAUUGUGCUUGUGGCAUUUCCGUUCCGUUCCUUCGGCGAGUUUGUCCGCCGACAACUCCGUACUGUGACAUCGACAUUCUCUCACCUACCUUUGUUUGGCCAGCUCAGCCCUCCAUCGCUACCCAUCAGAAACCCUCGAACAGAAUUGUGGUCAGGCUGGCCUCGCGGCAAGGAAUAUAACGGGAUCGGCCAUAUCUGCCUCAGUCGCUCAAAAGGUGAAUUGAACGAGCGCCGCAGGGAGGACCGCCCCGCGACUGUUGGCGCCAUUCAGUACAACCGGAGCAAGGGCCGGCAGAGACUACAAGGCAACAUCAAGGCGGGGAUACCCUCGAAAACGGUUGACGACAGGAUACCCACUAUGGGGAGGCUCAUCAAAAACCACUGGGCGAGGCUCAUCAUGCUCACGGCCGCGGUUUACCAGGUUGCCGCCGCCGUCGAAGGAUUCUUCUGGCCCAAGAUAUUCUGGGACUUUCUGACAAAAAGUCUGGACGGAGCCGUGAAGCCGGCACCGAUUUUGCAAACCAUAAACCUACUAUUUGGCCUCGGCGUCAUCGCUCUGGAGUGGCCUCUCACCUUCUUGGCCGGCACAAGCAUUCACCGCUCUCUAGAGUUUCGGCUUGCCAUCUUGCCGCUGACGGCGCUGGCCUCGGUGCUCAUGUACCAAUCGACAAACCCCGCCAUCUACUACUUGAUCAGCUCCCUCGUCUACUUUUGGGCCUACAGCGAGGGCGAGAUGAUCUGCGCAAAACCCUGGACGCUGCCCCAGCGCGCUGGCAGCGGAUUGAAGGUCUAG